UUCGAGGAAUAUAUACGUAAUAAAUUAAUUUAUUAAAUAAUGAAAAUGAAAAAAAAAAUCCAUAUUAGCAGUAGUAUACAGUAACCGUCUUUCCGUGAUUGUAUUUUAUUAGACAUACUGUGUUUAAUUCUGUGUGGUGCUUUGCAAAUCCCGCCCGCCGGAGUAUCGUCACCUAUCGGUAACUCAUAAGGCUAACGGUGAUUGGAGUUCCGGUUAUUUAUUUAUUUUUUUGUGUUUUAUUAAUAAAGUUAUAUGACUACUGCUUCGUAUCCGUUUGUGUGAAGGUAAGUUUGAUUCGAAUUCGAUUGUAAUGAUUCAUAGGCAAGUAAGGAAUUAGUGACCCCGAGAGCAGGAGGAGGUUGGACGGUCACGAAUUGAAUUCGCGGGACGCGGGUUUAGGGCUUGUUUGUAGCAGGGUUUGGGGUGUCGGUGAUUGUAUCGAAAUGGCCGGCGUCGUGGUACCGGAGGACCUCCACCACCAGAAGAAGAAGAAGAAAACGGAAGUGAUACGACUGGAGCGGGAAUCGGUCAUCCCAAUUCUCAAGCCCAAGCUUAUCAUGACCUUGGCUAACCUUAUUGAACAUACCUCUGAUCGCUCCGAGUUUUUGAAGCUGUGCAAGAGGGUGGAGUACACUAUUCGAGCCUGGUACCUUCUACAGUUUGAAGAUCUCAUGCAACUCUACUCUCUCUUUGAUCCCGUCCACGGCGCUCAGAAAUUAGAGCAGCAGAAUUUGUCUCAGGAUGAAAUCGACAUUCUUGAGCAAAACUUCUUGUCAUACUUAUUUCAGGUGAUGGAUAAGAGCAAUUUCAAAGUAGCCACUGAUGAUGAAAUCGAUGUUGCUCAUUCUGGCCAAUAUCUUCUAAAUCUUCCAAUUGUUGUUGAUGAAUCUAAGCUUGACAAGAAACUCUUGAGGAGAUAUUUUGAGGAGCAUCCCCAUGAAAAUCUUCCAGACUUUGCUGAUAAGUAUGUUAUAUUCAGGCGUGGCAUUGGAAUUGAUCGGACCACUGAUUACUUUUUUAUGGAGAAAGUCGACAUGCUUAUUGCACGCCUUUGGAAUUGGAUUUUGAGAACAACUAAGUUGGAAAAAUUAUUGUCCAAAAGAUCAAUCUCUCGAUCCAAAAAGGAUGCUAAGAAAAAUGAUGAGAUUACUGCUGAACAUGAAGAAGACGACAUGUUUGUUGAACGAAUUCGUCUCGAGAACAUGGAGCUCAGUUUUGGUAGCCUGCUGAGCAAGAUAACAAUUCAAGAACCUACCUUUGAUAGGAUAAUUGUUGUGUACAGGCGAGCAGGUACUAAGCUAAAACCUGAACGAGGAAUAUUCGUAAAACAUUUCAAAAAUAUUCCAAUGGCUGAUAUGGAAAUAGUAUUGCCAGAGAAGAAAAACCCAAGUCUGACACCCAUGGAUUGGGUUAAAUUCCUUAUUUCUGCUGUGGUUGGGCUGGUUGCUGUUGUGGGUUCUCUUGACAUGCCUAAAGGGGAUCUAUGGGUCCUUUUUGCUAUUCUUUCGACAGUGCUUGGUUAUUGUGCGAAGACGUAUUUCACGUUCCAACAAAAUAUGGCUACAUAUCAGAACAUGAUUACUCAAUCUAUGUAUGAUAAGCAAUUGGAUAGUGGAAAGGGCACUCUUCUUCAUUUGUGUGAUGAUGUUAUUCAACAAGAAGUGAAGGAGGUGAUAAUUUCAUUCUUCAUAUUAAUGGAACAGGGUAAAGCUACAUUACAGGAUCUUGAUCUGCGCUGUGAGGAACUGAUAAAAGAAGAAUUUGGGGAGAGCUGCAAUUUUGAUGUUGAUGAUGCUGUACAGAAAUUGGAAAAGUUGGGGAUUGUUUCUCGGGUAAGUUCAUUUUCCUGUUCAAGGCCGUGCUUUUUUUUUCAUGUACAAUUGGAUAACAGUUUCUUGAACAUUCAAGAAAGCAUAGAUAAAACUAAUUGGGUGGCCAGAAUAGGAAAGUACAGAUGUGCUCGAGAGUAAAUUAUGUUCGGGUUUCUGUUGGGAAAUCAGUUACCCAAAUAUGGGUUUCAAGACUCUCCCAACAAACCAUAUUUGAACCAACCAGUUAGUACACUGUUCAAAUUACAGUUUUCGUAUACUGAAACGCUGAUAGAAUUAGUUAACCAUGAAUUACACUUUUGUGACAUGUGAAAUAGGAUACGAUUGGAAGGUACUACUGUGUUGGUCUAAAGCGGGCCAAUGAGAUAAUUGGCACCACCACAGAGGAGCUUGUCAUAAAAGCCAGACAGCAUGGUGGUGGUGGUGCAAUUUCUUGAACACUGUUGAAAUGGAAAGGUAGGUGGGAAGACUUCCAAACAAUGAGCCAUGCCCUGCUAGUUCUCAUUUGCAUUUAUGGUUUCUCAUUGUAAAUCUUAAUCAUUCUUUUUUCCCCUUGUAGAAGUUUUUUUGCUGUUUGAAGGUGUUAAUAUUCAAAGUUAGUAUUUCGUGACCUCUAAUAAUUGUGUUCCGUAGCUUUUUUAAAUGGUUUUUUUUUCAGAAUUGUUUAUUAAUAAAUAUAUCAUAUAUAUAUAUAUGAUAUAUAUAGUGAAUAAAAAUAGUGACA